AUGAGUAAGCGAUCUACUUUUUCGUAUUUAAACAGUCAAACUCACCUUAGGAUAUCACAUACCAAUCGAGUUUGAGCUACUACAACAUAUAUUUUCAAACUUUAAUUUUCUACUUGUAAAACUUGUAACUUAUAUACAUAUUAUACUUCAUACUAUGUCUUUCUGUGUUGAUAUUGAAUACUUUGGUAAAUAUUUGAAACGUGUUACCAUUACCGUAGCUUUGAGUAGGGCUUUUUGAUUUUAUACUUACAUUAAUAUAUACCUUUAACGAAAAUUACCACUCUUUUAGUACUGUUUUUACUAUAUUAAUAUAGAAAUACCUUUCAGGACACCUCAAGUCGGUCUACAGCAAGCUGAACAAAUCCAAAAACAAAAUUUCGCAACAGAAACGGGAAGACGAAGUCAUGACGGGCGAGGCGCUGGUUGAAUUCCAGAAUCAGUUCGUCGACAGUGGGCGAGUUGGCCGACGAAAUGCCAUGGCCGACCUUGGGCUAGACGGGUUGGAUCCUGGAGCUCACAAAUUGGCCGAUGAAUUCGAAAAAAUGGGCACUGGCAACAACGAACAGCCCGGAACGUCGACGCAAAAAAAUGACAGUAAGUUGGCUAUAACUUGUAUAUAGGGGAUCGGAGGAAGGGUAUAGGUACAGAGAACGAUAUCCUUAGUAUUCAGAGUAGUUUGACUAUGUUUUUUUGGCUUGGAAUGGCUUUUUUAGCUUCUGGGAGGGUUUUUGAAGAACUGGAAAACAUUUUGCUAGGGCCUGGCCAACUUUUAUGCUAAUUUGUUACCUAAAAAGCCAAAUUUUGAAAAAGUUGUUUUCAGUAUACUUACUACGUUUUAUAAGACAGAUUUGUAAGAAAUUUCAUGUUUAUAUUACACAGUAUGAAGGAGAUCCGACGAUUUGAAAAUGGUCGUACCGUCAAUUUUUCUUUGGGUGUUAAUAACUACGCCUUAAGAUCUUCAAAAACUCAUGUUUUUAGACCAUUUAAGCUUCAAGCUUUAAAACUUUCAAAGCUUUAACAUUUUCCAACCCAAACCACGCUAAUUCCCUCCAUUUCCAGACCAAUAA